AUGUUGAAUGCAACAUCCAUCUCUCUCAACAAUACCUUCCAUGUGGCAGGAAAGGCGAGCUUGGUGACCAUUGUUGAGAACAAGCAGAACCACAUCAAGGUGUUGAAGGGUGGAAUUCUGAGCAUCAUCAAUGAGGUCAAUGAGAUCAUAUCCUGGCGCUUCUGCCAGUCGCAAUCGACGUCUGAGAUUGCAGACGUAUUAGCAGGUCUCAGGCAGCAUGGCGAGUUGCUGCAGGUCCCUGAUCCUAUGCUGGCAGUGGUCGAUAACUGCUGCCAUGUGCGCAAGUCCAUCAAGAAGGCACUGCCAGAAAUAGAUGUCAUGCUUGAUGUCUGGCACUUUGUCGGAAGGUAA